AUGGCUGCGAAGAGGAUAUUACGCGUGCGAAGGACCGAUGUCGAUGAAGCCACUCCCGCUUACGCACUGCUCUCCGUCGAAUCCGCCGGGCCCGAGCCGCUCGACGUCAAGCUCGUGGGCACCGAGGGCGAGAACGUCUUCGCCGCUUCAGUUCGCGAGGCUCAAAUCAGGAAUUUCAAAUCCAGAGCCAGCGACGAUCAUGAGUGGGAAGUAAUACUGCGCUCCGGCCUCCUACAACACCCAGCGGAUGGGGAUGACGCGAAGCUGCUGGAGAACCUGGAGAUCGUCGCGUCCGUGAUUGAUCAGCAGCUGAAGCUCACAGUGCGAAAGAAUAUCGAGGGUAUCACGCAACGGCUAGGUGUGAUCCCACUGCCGGAGGAUCGCAACACGGAAAUUGAAUUCUUCGAAUGGACCGCGAUCGCCGUCAACGCCGCCUCUGUCGCUCGUGGCGACGCUCGCGACCUCCAAAACAAGUGCGAGGCGCAGCAGGUCACAAUUAACAAACUCAAAUCGCAGCUUGACGACCUGAUCCAGGCCAAGCAGGAUCAUGAGGGCGCGCUCCUUGCAAAGUUCCAGGACCUUCUCAAUGCGAAGAAGCUAAAAAUCCGGGAUCAGCAACGUCUGCUUGCAGGAGCAAAGGUGGAUCCCGCCGCAGCGGCCGCGGUUGAGCAGGCCAGGGGCACCACGAGGCAUACCACCCGGCCCCGCAAGGCCGGGCCCUCCCGGGCCUCUAAGCGCAAAGCGAUCGCGAAGACACCUGUCCAUGACUCCGAUUCUGAGCUCGAUUCACGCAUGGACGUGGAUGAUGACGACGCCAGAGCCAAGUUGGAAGUGAAAGAGGAGAUCGCGGAGCCUGCCACCGAGCAGUCUGACCUCGAGACGACCGAAGACGAAGAUGAUGACGACGACGACCUUGACGCAAUGCCUGCCUCCCGUCCGUCUAAAACCAGCGAAGGGUCUAGAGGCAAAGCAAUUGAGACAGCGACACCGAACCAAAGCUCUCACCGCCAGAAAAGCCCGGAAGCACUCCCGCCACGCCGGGAACUGCCCUUCCCCAGGAAUCAGAGCAAGCAGCCGCGUAACGAACCCGUCAAGAAGGCGCCGGCUACCCGGACGGUAGUACAAGAUGACGACGAGAGUACGACGGACGAUGACGAACUCUAA